CACAGCUCUAAGCCACAGUUCCUUCAUCUCUUUCACUCGAUAUUUUGGUCGGCAGUUUGAAGAAAAUAUUAAUAUAAUUAAAAUUACGUGGUUUUAGACAUAAAUCUAGAAGCCCACUGUUGCUGGCUUUCUCAUUGACUUCUUAGCCAUCAUACAGUCAACAAGAUUCUCAUUGUAUAUAGCGUUAUAAAGACAUAAAUAAGUUAAGACAUUAAGGCACAGUGAAGGAAAAUAUCCACGUCAGAAGUAACAGAUAUUUCUAGACAUACAAACUAGCGCAUUCUUGUUUAGAAAGUUUUUGAAUAAAAUUAAGAAAAUCUAGUAAGAUGAGGAUGUCUACAGGACUGAUAGCUGUAAUUAGCUUAAUAUUAGCAACAAUUCUCAUUCAGAAUGUUAAUGGAGCGGCUGUAAUGAGCAUAGAUAUUGGUAGUGAAUGGAUGAAAGUCGGAAUUGUGUCACCAGGAAAGCCAAUGGAAAUAGCGUUAAAUAAGGAAUCAAAAAGAAAAACUCCGUCUGUAAUUGCCUUUAGAGAAAAGACACGAUUUAUUGGAGAUGAAGCUAUAACUUUAGCUGCACGUUUUCCAGCUAGUAGUUAUGGAUAUAUUAUUGAUCUCCUUGGAAAGACUGUCGAUAGUCCAAUUGUUGAGUUGUACAAGAAACGAUUCCCAUAUUAUGACAUUCAGCCAGAUCCAGUUAGAAAUGCUGUAACUUUCAAGAAUGGUGAUGAGACUUAUACAGUUGAGGAACUUGUAGCACAGCUUCUUCAAAGAGCACAGGAAUUUGCCCAAGAUGCAUCUGAACAAGCAAUUCAAGAAUGUGUUCUUACAGUUCCUGGAUUCUUCGGUCAAGCUGAACGUACAGCCUUAUUGUCUGCUGCCAAGCUAGCCAACAUUAAAGUAUUACAGCUAAUUAAUGACUAUACAGCUGUCGCACUCAAUUAUGGAAUUUUCCAACAAAAGAGCAUUAAUGAGACAGCACAAUAUGUCAUUUUCUACGAUAUGGGUGCCAGUAAAACUGCAGCAACAGUCAUUAGCUAUCAACUUGUUAAGGAUAAAGUCUUGCGCGAGACAUUGCCAGUUGUUCAAGUAAUGGGUGUUGGAUAUGAUCGUACACUUGGAGGAUUAGAAAUGCAACUUAGACUUCGUGACUACUUAGGAAAUGCCUUUAAUGACAUGAAAAAGACACCAAAGAAUGUUUUUGAAAAUCCACGGGCAAUGGCUAAAUUGUUAAAGGAAGCAGGCAGAGUCAAGAACAUCCUUAGUGCCAAUGUCGAUCAUUAUGCUCAAAUUGAAGGACUUUUGGAUGAACAAGACUUUAAGUUUAAGGUAACUCGUGAAAAGUAUGAAGAACUUUGUGCUGAUUUGUUUGAUCGUGCUGCUGCACCUGUCCAAAAAGCACUUGAUGCUGCUGGGCUAACAAUCGAUGUUGUCAGUCAAUUUAUCUUGUUUGGUGGAAAUUCUAGAACUCCAAAAGUUCAAGAAAUUCUUAAGAGUAAGAUUAAUAUGGAACUAGCUAAGAACUUGAAUGCUGAUGAAGCCGCUACUAUGGGCGCAGUUUAUCGUGCUGCAGAUCUAGCUACUGGAUUCAAGGUCAAGAAGUUUAUCGUCAAGGACGCAGUUUUAUUCCCAAUUCAUGUCGUUUUUGAACGUGAAAGUGGCACCAAGAAGUCAGUCAUUAGGACUUUGUUUGGACCAAUGAAUACUUAUCCACAAAAGAAGGUCAUCACAUUCAAUAAGCAUAAACAGGACUUUGACUUUAAUGUUAAUUAUGCAGACUUGGACUAUUUAGGUGCUAAUGAAAUCUCAAAUAUUGGAUCAUUGAACAUCAGCAAGAUUCAGUUGACAAAUGUCGCGCAAUUAUUCGAUGAAAAGAUUAAGGAAGGCGUUGAAUCUAAAGGAAUUAAGGCACACUUUUUACUUGAUGAUUCUGGACUUUUCUCACUAGUGAAUGUUGAAUUGUUGUUGGAAAAAGCUGCUGAUGACUCUGAUGAUAAAGAAGAAGGUACAUUAAGUAAAUUGGGGUCAACAAUCAGUAAACUCUUCGGCGGUGAUAAGGAAGAAGGAAAAGCUGAUGCUCCAAAGAAUGAAACAGAACCAGAAGAGGCAUCAGAAAAGCCACAAGAGUCAAAUGAAGCAACAGAAGCACCUCCAGUAAAUGAAACUACAAACGAAUCAGCACCAAAGAAUGAAACUACAACCGAUAAGCCAAAAGUGGUUAUUAUCAAGGAACAAAUUAGUGCCAAGACAGAAGAAUUAGUCAUGAAGACAUUGACUGAUGAGCAAUUUGAGGAAUCAUCGAAAAGAAUGGAUGAAAUCUAUAAACUUGAACAAGAAAAGUUGAGACGCGAAAAUGCUGUAAAUUCAUUAGAAACUCACGUAAUUGAGGCACAACAUAGAUUUGAAGAAAAAGAAUACUAUUCAUGUGCAACACAAAAGGAAUUGGAAGAGAUUAAAGCAAUGUGCAGUGAGAUUAGUGAAUGGAUUUAUGAAGAUGGAAUUGAUGCAAAGGUUGAAGUAUUUGAAGAGAAACUUGAAUCAUUCACAAAGAAGACAAAUGAAAUUUAUGCUAGACAUUGGGAGCAUAGAGAACGUCCAGAAGCAUUGAAGGCAUUAAAAGGCAUGAUUGAAGGUGCACAACAAUUUUUGGCAUCAGCAAAGAACAUUACACAAGAUCCAGAAAAGAAGGAUGUCUUUAAUGAGAAGGAAAUCGAGGAUUUAGCUAAAGGAAUUAAAGAAGUAAUUGAUUGGCGUGAUAAGGAAGUUUCAGCUCAAAAUAAGAUGCCCAAAAAUGAACCAGUCAGACUUACAGUCAAGCAAUUAACUGAUAAAAUGGCAUAUUUGGAUCGUGAAGUGAAAUAUCUCGUCAAUAAGAUCAAGAGAUGGCGUCCAAAAGAGAAACCAAAAGAAAAGAAAGUCAAGAAUGAGACAACAAGCAGUAAUGCGACUGAACAAGAUGAGACGAAACAGGAAGUGCCACAAGACGAGCCAAAAGUAGAAGAAAAUGAAAUUAAGGAUGAAGAAUCAGCUCAGACAAUUGAUGAGUCAGUUCCAUUGGAUCAAAAGGAUGGAGAAAAGCAGGAACAGACCGAAGAAGCUAUAGUUGAGCCAACAGAGACAGAGGAUGAUAAAGAAGAGCACACAGAACUGUAAAUUAAUUAAAACGAGUUAAUUUUUGGUGUAAUUUCAUCACAUGUGAUUUGUGUAUUAUUUUAAUGAUGAUAAUAAUAAGAUGAGAUGUUUAAGUAAUGACCAAAAAAAAAAUUAGUGCCCCCCUCUGCUCAUUCCUUGGUUCCAUUUCAUUAUAAUUUUUUUUUAUUUCAUAUUUGAAAAAUGGUCAUUUUUAAAAUGAUUCUGUUUAAUUCCAACCAAUUCCAGAACUCUUUAAUUAUUUUGUAAUUUAUUUAUUUCUAAACUUAUAAAAUCUCUUAAAUUCGUAAAAACAGCCUGCACAAUAUUUAGAGUAAUAAAAUUUAAAAAGAACUUAUGGUGUGUGCAUGAAGUUAUUAUAGGAAAAAAAUAAAAUUGAAUUGUUAUAGUGUUUAGCUAGAUCAAGAAAACAACAAAAACAAAAAGAAAUUAAGGACACUAAAAAAAUUGUAAUUGGGCUGAAUUCAAUCAAUUGCAUUUCUUAUUUUUUGUAUUUUCCCAAUAAAACAACAAAUACUAUAAAAUUUAGAAAUUAAAGCACAUUUUUGUUAUUUCUUUCCAUUUUGAACAGUUUCAAGUCACCGGAACCAAAAACAAAGAUCCAGUUGCAUGUUAAUCACAUUCAAGCAACAAAACAGUUAAAUUUCAAAAUCGAUGCUGGGUUAUAAGUCCAAAUA